CACCACAAAGCAACCAAAGCAAUUCGGAAUCAAAGAACUUUGUGUAGCCGCAGUAUCUGUCUUUCUUAUUUGCUCCCAACAAUGGCGGGUCUCAUGAAGGUGGCAUUCAUGGCGGUGCUCUGCGUGGCCCUGGUGGUUGCACCCAUGGCGGAGGCCGUUACCUGCGGUCAGGUUUCCAGCAGCCUGGCGCCAUGCAUCGCUUACCUGCAGAAGGGUGGCACUCCGGCGCCCGGCUGCUGCAACGGCGUCAAGUCCCUUGUCGGCGCUGCUCAGACCACCGCCGACAAGCAGGCUGUCUGCAACUGCCUCAAGGGUGCCGCCGGUCAGGUCCCCGGACUCAACAAUCAGUAUGCUCAGUCUCUUCCUUCCCUCUGCGGGGUCAACAUCCCCUACAAGAUCAGCACCUCAACCAACUGUGCCAGCAUCAAGUUCUGAGGUGAAGAUAUGAAAGAGAAAAUAGGAGUACUAGAGAAUAAAGGAGGGUUACUACACAGUGAUCAGUGCGAUGACUUGAAGACCUUCCACAACUUAGUUUCGUUUUAUAUAUAUAUUAUUAUAUGUAGCUUUAGUUUCUCUAUAGUUUCGUCGUGUAAUAUGGCUUCUCCCUUGUGCCACUUUACAUAGUAUAUAUCCAUAUCCUACUUUUAACCUUUG